UAAAAGCGUGGAUUGUUGAAGUUUGUUUCCAUGGCGACAUCCAGAUUUUUAACAUUACUGCCCUGUCAAAGUUAAAAAAUAAACAGGGCCAAAGUGACUGAGCGGAUGUAAAACUAAUAUCAGCCAUUUGAACGACAAUGGACACGCCUGAGGAGAAAAAUGACGAGUUGCAAGCAGGAGAGUACAGUUUAUUUCCCACUGCUGUGUCAGAAGAGAAGCUGGAUGAGGCAAGGAGAAAAAGCCCACUCAAGCAGCUUCUUGGUAAAAUCAUUCUGGCGCCAGAGAAGGAACGUCCCCAAAGACCAGAUCUACAGGCGAGCCUCAUCAUUCAGAGCAAGGCUGCAGAGCAUUACAAAAAUGGAACAGAUGCGAUGGGAAAGUCCCAGUAUGAAAAGGCUGUGUUCUGCUUCUCCAAAGCCAUCACACUACGGCCAGAACAGACUCAGCUGCAUGUGAGCCAGGGGGAGGCCUUCCUGCAGCUCUGUGACUUCCAGUCAGCAGCAGCUUGUUAUAAACGGGCAUGUCUCUUGGAGCCUAGAGCCUUCAGUGCCCGUUUGGCCUUCAUCUACCAUCUCCAGGGCCAGUGUUUGUUUGACCGAGGCCUUUUCGAGGAAGCUCUGGAGGCUUUCAGCAAGGCUGCUGAGGUGAAGCCUGGCUGCAAGGCCUAUGAGGUCAAACGUCUGGCCUGCCUGACAGCUGCAGGCCAUCACUCUGACUGUCUCAAAUUGGUGAACAACUUGAUGGUGUCAGAUGGUCCCACCUCCGACCUUUACAUCAUGAGAGCUGGAUUGCACAAACUCCUUAACCAGACAUCACAGUGUUAUCAAGAUGUGAAGUCAGCGUUGUUGUUGAACCCAACGUGUCCCCAGGCUGGAGCCCUGCGUCUGCAGCUACAGGAAGCCAGUGAGAAGGCCAGACAAAAGGCAGUGGACUUAACUUUGACUGGUCGGCUGUCCGAAGCCCUCUGCAUGAUCAAUAUUGCUCUGGAUAACAGCCCGCAGAACGCCCGUCUCUACCUAUUCAGAGGGAUUCUGUACAGACGACUGAAGGAUUUCACUGCAGCCAUCGAGGAUCUUGUCCAAGCUGUGGAGCUGAGCGAGGAGGAGGAGAAAGAGGUCGGAGGUCAGGCAAAGACCAGUGACGAGACGGAUGGGAGUGACUCUCUGCAAGAUGAGGCACAAUUCCAGCUGGUUCUCACCUACAAUGAUUUUGCUGUUCAGUGCUUCAGCAGAGGCCUUUAUGCUGAGUCCACCCUGCUUCUUAACAAGGCCAUUGAUGAGGAGAAGAGCCAGGCGGGUCUGUACCUGAACCGGGGAGACUGUUUCUUCAAGCAGGGUGAGUGGUGUUUUGCUCUGGCGGACUACCAGCAGGCUGAGGAGAUGAUGCGGCCUGAUGACCCUGCUAUACGGCUCCGCCUCGCUGUCCUUCACAACACGCUGGGCUCUUUCUGCUUCCAAGAUGGGAAAUUCAAGGAAGCAGCUGACAAGUUUUCCCUGGCUAUCAAGUACAACCCCACAGCCAGUCAGUACUAUGAGAACAGAUCAAAGGCCUCCCGAAAGCUCCUGAACUUGAAGAGUGCCAGACAGGACGUCAUCUGCAUGCUCAUCCUGGAUCCAUCCAAUGAGGAGUUGCCUCCUAUGCUCAUGAAUCUGUUCCCUGGCCAAAGCAUUUCUGAUGUUUUGUCCAGUACAGAAGGACAAGUAGUCAGAGCUCAGCUGAUGGACACCAUCCACGCCUACAGCUCUAAUCAACAAAGGCUGAGUGAGAAGCUCCAGAAGAUGACUCUGACCAAUGAGAACACAACUAGCCAAUCAGAAGAGCCAUCUGAAACAGGAACAGAGCUGAAGUUGUGCGAAAACCAACAGGAGAUGCAGAUAACUGUAAGAAGCCUUCUGCAGGUUAUGGAAACAUUUCCUAUUGUUUCUCCAUGACCGUCAAACUGUGCACCACACUGGGCCAUGCCUCACCACACACCACCCACUACCACCAUUCACACAGAACUGGAACAGUUCAUCCUCAUUUGAAAGGCGGUCAUACUACAACAAGAGAUACGGGGUGUCCUGGGAAGUGUUUCUCAGUUGUGAUGGAGGAGUUAUGCUCAGAUGGCAAAAAAUCUUAAAUAAAUGUUUUCAUCAUA